AAAUUUAUCUCUCAAUUACCCAGCCCCUUCACCCGCCUCUCUUUCCCUCAUCUCUUCUCCCCUCGCCCCGCUUUCCUCUUCUCCUCCUCCGAACGGAUCACCGGCGAGCAGCAGCACCGGCGAAGACUCCUCUCUCUCGAACUCUCGUCUUCCUCUUCUCCUCUUUCCUCGACCCCUCUCUCUUUUCCCCUCCUCUCUUCUUUCUUCCUCUAUCCCCCUCCCAUCUCUUCUCCACAGCGAACUCCAGGCCGCCAGCAGCUCCAACCAACGACAACAAGUCAGAAUCUCGGCUAGAGGGCGAUAGCAACAACACCAACUGCUCAAGCUGAGGCUCAAAUUUCUGUGAUUUUGUACCAAACGGAUCUCCUCAGAUCCGUCCAGCUCUAAAACCCUAAACCUCAAAUUCCAUCAAAAUUCUGGAGAAGAAAUGGCGUUCAGAUCCAAGGAAAUGAUGAAAAAGAUAGUGAAGAAUAUAGGUGGAGAGAAGAACUUGGCAUCUGGAGUUAAAGAACGGCUUGAGAAAUGCGUGCCAAAUGCAAAAGUUGUCAUGGGUCGUGCUCAGCGUGGCCUCUUCGCUGGCCGUCACAUUCAGUUUGGCAAUCGGGUCAGUGAGAAAGGUGGAAAUACGUCUAGGAGGACUUGGAAGCCUAAUGUGCAAGAGAAACGGCUUUUCAGCUACAUCCUAGAUCGCCAAAUUCGUGUGAAGGUUACAACUCAUGCCUUGCGAUGUAUUGACAAGGCAGGUGGUAUUGAUGAGUACCUGCUGAAGACACCUUACCAUGAGAUGGACACUGAAUUAGGCCUGUUCUGGAAAGCUAAGAUUGAGAAGUUGUACGAGGAGCUUGGGAAAAUGGAGGUAGUUUUCUUUACACCCGAAGAAGAAACAAAACUUGAAGAGCAAUUUAAGGAAGUGAAGUUGGAAGAAAGAGCAGCGCGUAGGGAAGCCAGAAGGAAGAUGUAUGGUUGGUCACCAAAAUCCGAGGUAAAAGCAGAUUCUGAAGGAACUGACGGAGAAGGAAGCUUACCAACUGAUUUCCAUGAAGGGAUGGUCGCCAAUGCUUGAAAACACAGAGCAAAUGUUGUUGGCUUCCGGGCUUCUUUUGUUGGUCGUAGUGACUUUGUAUUCCUGAUAUUUAUUCAUAUCCAUGAAUUUUGCCUAGCAUCUGCUUUAGUGUAUGUUUUUCUGGAUAUAUUGCCAGAAUCCAUGUUAUCACACUGCACUAACCUUCCCCUUGUGCAGAGUGUGAGUCUAAGAAAGGCCAUAUUAAGCUUACCUUGCAUUUCUCUCUACAUUGCUUUCAUGACUACCUAUUAGAAAUAUCUUAUCAAGAUGCUUUACUGCACUAA